AUGGUCACACUUUGGAGGACACUUUCAAAUGAAUGGAGGAACGCUUAUGGACACUUGUGUGCUGAGGCAUACUCUGUGAUGGAUUGUCCUCGAGGUCAUUACACCUUUUCAACUGCAUUGAUCUGGAACGAAGGUGGUUCUUUUCCCUUAGGGUCAAUUGGACUCAUGUUCAUCUGGCUUCGACUAGGAAGUAGCUUUUUCGGAAUAUCAGGUCGCUUUUCUUGA